UGGGGAGGGGACGAUUCCCGCGGGCGCGCGGAGAGAGGACGGUGACAGCCACGCGCGCACGUGCGCGCCUGGCUGCAGCGCGGCCCCGAGACCUCCAUCGGCCGCUGAGAGGCGCGCGGGGGCUGGGCCGCUGCCGUCGAGGGGCCCCGUCCCGGGGCGUCCCCGGCGUCCCCAGCGUCCCCGGCCCGAGUCCCUGAGCACCGGGCCGAGCCCACCCCGUCGGUCCUGGCUAGUGUUUCGUCCCCGUGGCCGUAAGGGCCCGUCCCCCAACUCCCCUUUACGCUCCCGGGGCAGGGUCCUCACGGCCCAUGCUGGCCGCUGGGGGCCUGCGCCGACCAGAGAGCUCCCAGGCCGGCCAGUUGGCUACCAUGGUGGCCCUGAGGCCUGUGCGGCUCCUCCAGGGGGGCUAACAGGUCCAGAGCGCAGGCCUCGGGGCGCGAGGGUCCCGGGCCUGAGCCCCGCGCCAUGGCCGGGGCCAUCGCUUCCCGUAUGAGCUUCAGCUCGCUCAAGAGGAAGCAGCCCAAGACGUUCACCGUGCGGAUCGUCACCAUGGACGCCGAGAUGGAGUUCAACUGCGAGAUGAAGUGGAAAGGGAAGGACCUGUUUGACUUGGUGUGCCGGACCCUGGGGCUUCGGGAAACUUGGUUCUUUGGACUGCAGUACACGAUCAAGGACACCGUGGCCUGGCUCAAAAUGGACAAGAAGGUACUGGAUCAUGAUGUUUCAAAGGAAGAGCCAGUCACCUUUCACUUCCUGGCCAAAUUUUACCCUGAGAAUGCCGAGGAGGAGCUGGUUCAGGAGAUCACGCAACAUUUAUUCUUCUUGCAGGUAAAGAAGCAGAUUUUAGAUGAAAAGAUCUACUGCCCUCCCGAGGCUUCUGUGCUCCUGGCUUCUUACGCCGUCCAGGCCAAGUACGGUGACUAUGACCCCUCUGUUCACAAGCGUGGAUUUUUGGCCCAAGAGGAAUUGCUUCCAAAAAGGGUAAUAAAUCUGUAUCAAAUGACUCCAGAAAUGUGGGAGGAGAGAAUUACAGCCUGGUACGCAGAGCACCGGGGCCGAGCCAGGGAUGAAGCUGAAAUGGAAUAUUUGAAGAUAGCUCAGGACCUGGAGAUGUACGGUGUGAACUACUUUGCAAUCCGGAAUAAAAAGGGCACAGAGUUGCUGCUUGGAGUGGAUGCUCUGGGCCUUCACAUCUAUGACCCUGAGAACAGGCUGACCCCCAAGAUCUCCUUCCCGUGGAAUGAAAUCCGAAACAUCUCAUACAGCGACAAGGAGUUUACUAUUAAACCAUUGGAUAAGAAAAUCGACGUCUUCAAAUUCAACUCCUCAAAGCUUCGUGUUAAUAAGCUGAUUCUCCAGCUCUGUAUCGGGAACCAUGACCUUUUUAUGAGGAGAAGGAAGGCUGAUUCUUUGGAAGUUCAGCAGAUGAAAGCCCAAGCCAGGGAGGAGAAGGCUAGAAAGCAGAUGGAGCGACAGCGCCUUGCUCGAGAGAAGCAGAUGAGGGAGGAGGCAGAGCGCACGAGGGAUGAGCUGGAGAGGAGGCUACUGCAGAUGAAAGAAGAAGCGACAAUGGCCAAUGAAGCUCUGAUGCGGUCUGAGGAGACAGCUGACCUGUUGGCAGAAAAGGCCCAAAUCACGGAGGAGGAGGCAAAACUCUUGGCACAGAAGGCCGCAGAGGCUGAACAGGAAAUGCAGCGCAUCAAGGCCACAGCCAUUCGGACAGAGGAAGAGAAGCGCCUGAUGGAGCAGAAGGUGCUGGAGGCCGAGGUGCUGGCACUGAAGAUGGCGGAGGAGUCAGAGAGGAGGGCCAAGGAGGCAGAUCAGCUGAAGCAGGACCUGCAGGAAGCCCGUGAGGCAGAACGAAGAGCCAAGCAAAAGCUCCUGGAAAUCACCACCAAGCCCACAUACCCGCCCAUGAACCCAAUUCCAGCACCGUUGCCUCCCGACAUACCAAGCUUCAACCUCAUUGGUGACAGCCUGUCUUUCGACUUCAAGGAUACUGACAUGAAGCGGCUUUCCAUGGAGAUAGAGAAAGAAAAAGUGGAGUACAUGGAGAAGAGCAAGCAUUUGCAGGAGCAGCUCAAUGAGCUCAAGACUGAGAUCGAGGCCCUGAAACUCAAAGAGAGGGAGACAGCCUUGGAUAUUCUGCACAACGAAAACUCUGACCGGGGUGGCACCAGCAGCAAGCACAAUACCAUCAAAAAGCCUCAAGCCCAAGGCAGAAGACCUAUCUGCAUUUGAGCCCUGAAACUCACCUUGCAGAGCGCCAAGUCCCGAGUGGCCUUCUUUGAAGAGCUCUAGCAGGUGCCCAGCCACCCCAGGAUCUGUCACAUCUGCUGCUUCCCGGCACCAGAGGGAUGGGUCAGACACCGUGGGAGUCAUCGUAGGUGGGCUGGCUGGGAGCUUCCGUGGGAGCUCUGGAACUUUCCCCAGCUGAGUGGAGAGCCCAACCCCCUUCAUGUGCAAUUGCCUUGAACUGUGACCUGCAGAGAGCUCUCUCGUGGGGUUCUAGUUCUUUUUAAAAUUUUUAAAAGAAGUAUUUGUCUUUCCUCAUCUGACAUGGGGUUUCACACUUCCUUUGUCAAAGGCACCCUGGGGUGUGUGUCUCACUGUCCAGUGCUGACCUUCCCAGCCCAGGGAAGUGGUUGUAGGGAGUGAAGUGCACAGGAGCCCUGGAGACAGGGAGGCUGGCGCCACUGCCCCCGCCCUAUGCUGGGUCCUAGAACAUUCAUCUCCACUGGUGAGGAAUCGGCAUGCGAAGAAGUGUGGCCCGCCCAAGCCCAGGCCCGGAGCGGCCUGCCUGCUGGCCUGCCUGCUGCACAUCAUCGCUGAGCUGGCCUGUGGCUCAUGACAGGCCACGCGAUGGGUCUUCAGCCCAGGCGCCCCCGAGGCCGCGCGCUGGCUGCCGGCUGGUGGGGAAUGGGAAAGGCAGCUGUGAAGGGGGAAGACUCUAGGCAGAAGCUGUGAUGACGGGCUGGCUGCCAGCAGAGGGGCAGGGAGGCCAGCAGAGCUGUGUAGGAAUCUGCUCCACACAGAACACUCACUCCCCUUCUGCUGCCUCAGACCAGGGUCCAAGCGGCAGGCGGGAGCUGCGUCUUCCUCACCCCCUCAGCCUUGGUCUUUCCUGCCUGUGGCGGGCUGGGGAACUCCCCGGGCUCUUGUAGUCAGCACCUGAGCCCCGCCAGGCUCUGUUAGGGCUCUGAGGCCCCUCAGGUACUUCUUCUUGCUGAGGCCUCCGUCUGUGUGGCUGACCUGAAUCCCCUCUCCCUCUGGCCACGUGCCAGCAAGCCCUUCCUAAGCCUUGAUUGUAUUGGGCCUCCUUCUGGUGUUGCCCUUGUACCCCAGCCGGCCCUUUAUUUUAUAUGCCCCCUUGGGCCAUGUGGGGUCCCUCGUGCCCCUCCCAGCACAAGCCAGGUGUCCCCUCCCUGUUGGUGCUCUGCCACUCGGGCAGCAGCAGGCCACAGAGCCACCCCCGUGGCACCAGCCGCCUUAGUUUGGGGCUGCUUUGUUUGCUCUGUGGUUUGGUGGUGCUUCUGUGACCCACUGGCCAUUUAGAUCCUUCCAACGGGGCUGGUAUACAGAGCAGGAGUUAAGUCUGAACCAGCGAAAAGAGGCUUACCAAGUGAAGACAUGUGAAGGCCUGGAGAUUUCCUGAGAGUGGGGGUAGCUCUGGCUGUCCUGUGUGGUUUUGAGAAACUCAUAAAGAUCCUGCCUUUCCACACUCAGGCCGACCUGACAGUGUCCCAGGCUGGCCACCCUGCUAUUUGGGGCCACCUUGCCCUGAGGAAGGCAGCCCUGUGGGUACCCAAGCCCCUUAGGGCCCCUUAGGGCAUGCAGGGUGGGAUGGCUGUGGCUGAAAGAGCUUCCUUGUGUCUCCCCGUCCCUCAAAUGCCUCUUCCCCCGAGAUGUGUUCCCAGGCAGGCAUUUGUAAUGUAGGGCCUGGCUCUUGUGUUGAGGCUCUGUCUCCCCAGGCUCACCAGCCAUCCCUGAAUUUCCAUGACAAGUUACUCUUCUCCUGACCUGUAAAUUGAAUCUGUAACAGUGGCUGUGGGCACAGGAGCAUGGUAGUGGUUUAUAUAAAUGUUGUCGGGCUUUGUUGUUUUUAUUAUUUAACUGCUGUGUGUGUGUUCCAAGUCCGGGAACUGCCAAGCCAUGUGGCCACAAGGGAGCCAGCUAGCAUCUGAGCUGUGGCAGGAGCACCCUGGGGCCCGAGAGCAGACUGGGGGAGGGGGGCAGCAGAGCCUCGCUCACCCAGGAACACUUCAGCUCUCCUUGGAGGCUGGAGAGGGUGGUGGCCCUCAGAAAGGCCUUGAGCCACAGUGGAAGGAAAAGGAAUGAAAGAGGAGCUGUUUUCAGGGACUCGUGCCUGUGGCUCAGGUGACUGUGCUCUUUUCAAGUGAACAUUUUGGGGGCACAGGAGCUUAUUAGGUAAGGAAGCCUCUGUGCCCCCCCUGAGAGCAGGGCCCUAGCCACAGCAAUUUCAUUACGGGCACUUCUGAGGGUUCUUGGGCUGCCCAGCUGGUGACACCCCGUGCGGCUGCGCUGUUGGCCCUUCGCUGUUGUGCACAGACCACCUCGUUCAUCCUGACUGGGGCCCUGCCUCAGCCCCAGCCACGCUCUGACCUGUGGCGUCUGCUCAGUUAUCCCUGUACCUGCCAGGCCACGCUAGACAACACCCCGUGGCAUUACGUAACACUUCUUAAGUGACUGUGUUUUGUAAUCUUGGGGACAGGCUUCUCUCUCCCUCUCUUUUCUCUUACAAAUCAAAACAGCAAAUCCAGAGGCUGACAACCAGGAUGGGGACGAAGUGCUGCUCGCUGACAGGGCUGGGGCCUUGCAGCCCCCGGAGGGGCCGCCUCAGUGGGGAGACAGCCCCUCCCGGCUGCCCGGGGGCCAGGGCGGCCCCCGUGGGCUUCCAGGGAAGCUCCAUCCCUUUCCGAGAUGUCAAACCGCAUUUGUUCCAAGGCUAUUUUCUAUUCCAGGGGAUUGCUGUAAUUUAAAUGAUUGUUUUAAUAAAAAUUCUAAGCCGUCAGAAGUA